AUGGAACCUUCCUCAACUGUAAUGAGAACCUCGUGCUCCUUAACCAGUUCCCUAAUCAACUCUCCGUCUAGAGGUUUGCAAAAUCGUGCAUCAGCCACAGUGACCGAGAUGCCGUGGUCCCCAAGAAGCUUAGCCGCUGCUAAACAGUUUUGGAUUAUAUUGGGUGGAAUAUCUGCACCAAUGCCAUUUCCCCUGGGGUAUCUGAGGCAGCUCGGCCGGUCGUCGAUUAUUGCAGCAGUGGCAAUCAUGUGCAUGAGCUCAGCCUCAUCCGAGGGCGCCAUCACCACCAUGUUGGGCAGGCAAGCCAUGUAA